UGUGUUUGCAGGAUCUUGGAUCGAAAAGGAAUAGAAGUAGUUUUUUUCGCAAAUUUAGAAGGAUUUCUCAAGAAUUAUAGAGGGAAAUCCAAUACUAAGGAGUGGUGUAACUGAGAAACGAGUACAGAGCCUGUGGGGUAAUAUCUGGAAACGAGUACAGAGCCUGUGGGGGUAAUAUCUGGAAACGAGUACAGAGCCUGCGGCAAUAUCUGUAAACGAGGGCUGAUCUUGCCGUCGGAUAAUAAAUUAUGAUUAACCGGAAGUGAAAUCUGAAUGGUGUGUGAGAUGCAGAUAAAUGGUGGAUGGGGUUUAUAUUUAUUUAUCAGCUUCUUCAUUAAAUUCGUCGUAUCCUUGAAGUGUUACCACUGUAAUAAUUUGGAGAAUCCAGCUUGCGGCAUGUACUUUAAACCAUAUCAGUUUACAGCACAGCCAUGCAGUGGAGAAGAGGAAGACGUUAAAUGUGCCCUUCAACGAGAACUUCCCAAAGGAAAAGAACAUUGGGUAGGAAUCAUUCGAAGCUGCUAUAGGAUUGGAAGUCUUGACGUCAACGAGACAAAUGGUUGUCAUCAAAUGAACAUCACAGGACAUGCAGCAAAACUUUGCUUAUGUGAUACGGACUACUGUAACCACGCCACUGGCACGUGUUGGCCUUACGUCAGCAUUACAACAGCGAUCUCAUUGGUUAUCUUAUUUUUGUAUCAUUUGUGACUUUAUUUAAAAGGAGAAUCACUACUUACAUUAAAUGCAUUGCAUUUUGUAAUUUUUCACAC